CCGCUCUAUAGCUCCUCCCCUUCUCGGGUGUUAGUAAUGUGAAAGCGGAUGAGAAGGACAAAAUAUUAAAUAGAAACAAACUGUUACUGAUCGAGCUAGCCUAUACAGUCGCCAGAUAUUCUAGUUUUGAUAUGAAAAUACCAAUAUAGACACAAGCUAAGCCUCGACAUCAAGGAAGGCACCAUGGAGAACGGGGACAUCUCACCGCUGAAGCGCUUUGUCUUUGCGAAAAAGAAGAUCAGCGCAGUGUUUGAGCAGCUACUGGACUACGUUAAAGAGGGGUCCGAGUUUGUGGAAGAUACGUGCAGGAGUGAAGACCUGGCACAGAUCGCCACGGAGGAUCAGCUGCUGCAGAUACAGUCCUACACGGGGAAGCUGGCCGUGAUUAAGGAAGUGCUGGCCCGGAGGCACAUGAAGGUGGCUUUCUUCGGCAGGACGAGCAACGGGAAGAGCACGGUGAUCAACGCCAUGCUGCGGGACCGGGUUCUACCCAGCGGCAUCGGGCACACCACCAACUGCUUCCUGAGCGUGGAGGGCACCGACGAGGACAAGGCCUUCCUCACCACCGACGGCUCCGCGGAGGAGAAGAGCAUCAAGACGGUGAACCAGCUCGCACACGCUCUGCACAUGGACCAGAGUCUGGACGCCGGCUGCCUGGUGAAGGUUUUCUGGCCGAAGACCAAAUGUGCGCUGCUGAGAGACGACCUGGUUCUCGUGGACAGCCCGGGGACUGAUGUCACCACACAGCUGGACAGCUGGAUCGACAAAUUCUGCCUGGACGCGGACGUCUUUGUGCUGGUGGCCAACUCGGAGUCGACGCUGAUGAACACGGAGAAACACUUUUUCCACAAGGUGAACGAGCGACUCUCCAAGCCCAACAUCUUCAUCUUGAACAACCGCUGGGACGCCUCCGCUUCCGAGCCCGAGUACAUGGAGGACGUGCGGAAGCAGCACACGGACCGCUGCGUCAGCUUCCUGGUGGAGGAGCUGAAGGUAGUGGACCGGCAGCAGGCGCCCGAUCAUAUUUUCUUCGUGUCGGCCAAAGAGGUGCUGAACUCCAGGAUGCAGCGCGCCCAGGGGAUGCCAGAGGCUGGUGGUGCUUUAGCUGAAGGAUUCCAGGAGAGACUGAAGGAGUUCCAGAGUUUUGAGAGAACGUUCGAGGAGUGCAUCUCGCAGUCGGCAGUGAAGACGAAGUUUGAGCAGCACACCAUCAGAGCGCAGCAGAUCGCCGAGACCGUCAAAGGCAUCAUGGACGCCAUCAACAUCACCUCCGCUGAGAAGAGGGUGCAUUCCCUGGAGGAGAGGGAGUACCAGAUGGACCGUUUGGAGUUUGUACGUAAUCAGCUUAACCUGCUGACUGAGGACAUCAAGAAGAGGAUCACGUCUGUCACCAAGGAGGUGGAGGAAAAGGUGUCGAACGCCAUGGCGGACGAGAUCUGUCGCCUGUCGGUGCUGGUCGACGAGUUCCACUCGGACUUCCACCCCUCUCCCCAAGUGCUCAAUCUCUACAAAUCUGAGCUGCUGAGGCACAUAGAGGAGGGGAUGGGGAAGAACCUGGCCUUCCGCUGCUCCAGCGCCAUCAACGCGUCCGUGCAGGCCUCCCAAAAAGACAUGAUAGACUGCGUGCAGUCUCUGCUGCCCCCUGCUGUUCAGAGCCAGCUGCACAUGCUCAUUCCCUCCCGGAGGUUUGACCUCAGCUACGACCUCAACUGCGGCUCCCUGUGCUCGGACUUCCAGGAGAACAUAGAAUUCCAGUUCUCCCUGGGCUGGACCGCCCUGGUCAACCGCUUCCUGGGGCCGGCGAACGCAAAGCAAGCUCUGAUGCUCGUCAACCACAACCUGCAGGUUCCUCGUCCCGUGACCACCCCCCACACCCCCUCGACCCCGGCAGGGCCACGCCCCCAAGGGAGCGUGGUCUCCCAGGAGGAGCUCAUGCUGACCAUGGCCUCUGGGCUGGCCUCUCUCACCUCCCGGACCUCCAUGAGCAUGGUCAUCGUCGGAGGAGUGGUAUGGCGUGGUGUCGGGUGGAGGCUCAUCGCCCUGUCCAUGAGCCUCUACGGCCUGGUCUACUUCUACGAGAAGCUGACCUGGACCACCAAGGCCAAGGAGCGGGCCUUCAAGCGGCAGUUCGUGGACUACGCCACCGAGAAGCUGCAGCUGAUCGUCAGCUUCACCAGCGCAAACUGCAGCCACCAGGUCCAGCAGGAAAUGGCCGCCAACUUCGCCCGGCUGAGCCAGCAGGUGGACCAGACCCAGCGGGAACUGGAGGGCGAGAUCAGCCGCCUCACUGCCAAAAUCCAGCGGCUGGAGACGGUUCAUGGCCGGUCCAAAAGCCUCAGACACAAGGCUACGGGGCUGCAGACGGAGUUGGAUGGUUUCACCGCUGAGUAUUUGCACCCUCCGCAGUGAGACUUCAGGUGUGGGGCUUCAGGUGUGGGGCUAGGAGAUCCACUGGUCUCAGCCUUAGUCCUCUGUCUCUUUCUCUUUGUGUGCCCGGAAGGGCAGGAAAUGAAAGUUAUCUGCUCUUUACCAUAUUUUUACCCUGGGAUUUCUCUCGUACAGGGAUCUCAAACUCCAGUCCUGGAGAGCUACAGUGUCUUUUCACCUGACGACAAGUUUUUAGGCCUUGAAAACCAGGUGCGUGGAAUCUAGCCAAUCAGCGACUGUAAUCAGUUGAGCACUUGAACCACACUGAAAACCAGCAAGGCCCUCCAGAGUUUGCUGUUCUAAACUGUCGUGUGUAAAAACAUCAGCACUUUCUCUGUAGCUUAUGGGUGGAAGAAACUUAGAUUUUUUUUUUUUUUUGGUAAGAUUUUUUUGGAUCUUCCUUGCGUGUAAAAUGUCAGCUGCCCCUGUCCGUGUGGCUGGACGUUGAAUGUGCUGCAAGUACAACUGUGAAUACGCCAUGAAACCACUUCACUAACUGAAAAUAUUUUUUUACAAGAGCGCAUCUAUAUGUAAUAAAUGAGAAUAUAGAAAUGCAGUUGAAUUCGUUACAGCACAGUUACCUCUACUACGGAGCUGCCCAACCCUGCUCCUGUAGAUUUACCGCUCUGUAGGUUUUCACUCCAACCCUAACAAAGCCUCACCUCAUUCAACAGCAAGAGAGCUCAUUGAGCUGCUAAUUAGUGGAAUUAGGUGUGCCAAAUUAUGGUUGAAAUGAAAACCUGCAGGAUGGUAGAUAUCCAGAAACAGGGUCAGGCAGCAGUUAUGUGAACAGUUAUGACCAAAACCAUUUUGAAUUAAAGCAUCCAUUUACCCGGACAAACUAGCAAUUUCCUGCUCUGGAUUAAGGGACAAAAAGCAUUUAUAUUCACUCUACUGGAGUAUUUUUCACAAAUGGAAUAUGAAGUCUAAGUGGAGGACACCCCCCCCCACACCCAAACUUUGUAAAAAUUGUGUCACUUGGAUGGAAUUUCUGAUUCUGCAAGAUUGUCAAUAUAGUUCACUUUAUGAUUUUCGAGAAUUUAAUAAAACAAUUUGUCAAGUUG